UUCGUUUCAUAAAGAUUUAAUGGACAGGCAAGAAAAUAAGAGAAUUCAAAGAUCCCUUGUAGUACACAAACUGAUUCAUCUCGGCAAAGUCAAGAUGAGCCGACAAAAACUUAGCGGACUGGAGAAGGGAAAUACAGUUCAUCAUGGAACCUUAAUCGAACGUAUUUUGAUCAAUUCAGCUCGCGUGCUAGCUUCUUGUGGCACUUCGUCGCAGCAAAAUGCAAUCACGCCAAAGGAAGAGAGAAUAACUGUGAACGUAGGGGGAACGAAAUAUGAACUUGCAAAAAAAAACUUGGAAAAGUUUCCCGACACGCUUCUUGGCAGCGAGAGGAAAAAUUUUUUCUAUGAUGCGGAGAGGAAGGAAUACUUUUUCGACCGCGAUCCAGUUAUUUUCAAGAACAUAGCCGACUUCUAUCGACAUGGAAGUUUUCACUCGCCUGCGCCAACUGUGUGCUGUAUGGAAGCUGUGUUGGAUGAGUUGAAGUACUUUGGAAUCCCACAACAUUCCGUGUUCGAUUGUUGCUGUGAGCACAUUAUUCAAGAAGACGAGGAACAAGAAAAGAAGAAACAAAUAGAAACCAUGGAAAGUAAACUCCCUCAAAAAGACCGCGACUCGUGGACAGCCCGUGAGAAAUUGUGGCAGCUCUUGACCAAUAGCAAGAGUUCGAAAAAAUCAAAGGCAUUCGGGUUUCUCUUUGGAGCAGUAGUGCUUCUGAACAUCUCUGCUAUCGUAGCGGAAACAGUGCCCGCCGAGUCAGAUCAGACGAAUGGCAAGGCACACAGAAAUAUAUUUUUUGGACUGGAUUCUUUUUGCGUUGCAAUUUUCACAAUUGAGUUUACAGCGCGCUUGUAUGCUGCCCCCUACAGACUAGACUUUGCGAGAGAUCCAUCAAAUAUAAUUGAUCUGCUGGGAAUAAUUCCUUACUACAUUGCGGUGGUUGAAAGGGCGGUCAAUUCUAACAAUGCAGUGCUGGGGUUUGUUGUUACGGUCUUUCGCAUGUUUAGAGUCUUUCGAGUGACUAAGCUGGCCAGGUAUUCUGAAAGGUUUCAAAAUCUCCUACGUUCAAUACAGGGCGCUGCAAUGGAGCUUGGAGGAAUUCUUUUCUCGUUUCUAGCAUUGAUGAUAACAUUUUCGUCUAUCAUGUACUAUUUUGAAAGUGGACAGAAAGGAACAAAAUUUAAAAGCAUUCCGGCAGCUUUCUGGUACACUUUGGUCACCAUGACAACGCUAGGUUAUGGUGAUAUCGUUCCCUGCACGGUCAGUGGGAAGCUUCUAGGAGCAGCUUGUGCUUUGAUGGGUGUACUUCUUCUAGCCUUACCAGUUCCCAUUAUCGAAAGACAGUUGUAUGAAUGCCAAAGAAAAGGAAAGCCCAAGAAAGAUGGUGUCACAGAGAGGCUGAUGGCAUCUCUGCCUUCGUUAGGAAGAAUUGGUUCAAGCGAAGACAAGACUCUCGCGAGAAGAGGAGGCAAAAAUAAGAGGAAAUCUCGUACGCGUCGAAUAAAUGAUCUCCAUGACUCUCGCACAACAUCUUUGAAUGUGGAAACUGGCGCCUCCUCCAGCCGUUCCUGCGAGAGUAAUACAAGUUCCUCUAAUUCCGGUUCCGAAGAUUUCCUUGUUAUGAGGGUAGGCAUGCCAACAAUCAAAGAACCUGAAACUUCAGAUUUCAGUGGGAAUGGCAAUGUAAUUAUGCCUUCGACCGUUGCACCUCAAAAGCGUAAAAGCUGGUUUGGUAACGGGAAAGUUUCAGCUAGUGUGGGCGAUGGCAUAUUUACAGAAUCUCCACGUUCCUCUCAGUAUCUCCCGGAUUUUCGCCAAGUUAUUCCAAGCCACGAAGAUGGAGUUGGUCGAAGUACACGUUACAAGUCUUUCAUUGAUGACAAAAAAGACGACAAAGAAGCUUUUUCCAUGAAAAACUUGCGUCAACAGCAAUUUCCAGGUGUAACCCCCCGGAAUUAUCACAGCGUUGGGGACUUAACAUAAGGCGUUAGCGAUAUUGAGUGGUGCAGCGCUCACUUUGAGAAUGAGCUGAAAAUGAAUCAACCAACUCGCCUCUCUUGCUUUCUACUACAAUUUUGUGGCCUUAGGUAAAUCUUAGAUUUUAACCGGCUCGUUAUUUAGAAAAAUGCUUUAAAAGCGCCUAUCAAACCAAAAGGAAAGAGAAUUAACAGUCCUUUCUUAAAAUCCUCAAGCGAUUUACGUUCAAGCUGGUGUGGAAAACGUUGACUAACCACUAUAAAGAGAAAACCUGUCAGU